CGAUUCCCGGAGAAUGAACCACGUGACCGCUCUACUCUUGCUCCCGCUGCUGCUGCUGAACAGUGUCUGUACCGGCUCCUAUGAUUCCGACCCGAAUGACUCUCAGCUGGGCAUCAGGAAGGGCAUCAGGCUGGCAUCUCAGAUCUCAGUGGAGGUGGUUCGCUGCCUGAAUGGAGCAUUGCAAGUGGGCUGUGGAGCUUUCGCCUGCCUGGAGAACACCACCUGUGAUACAGACGGGCUGUACGACAUCUGCAAGGCCUUCCUAUACAGUGCUGCCAAGUUUGACACUCAGGGCAAGGUGUUUGUGAAGGAGAGCCUAAAGUGUAUAGCCAAUGGGGUCACAUCCAAAGUGUUCCUGUCAAUCAGGAGAUGCUCCAGCCAACAGCGGAUGAUCUCAGAAGUGCAGCAGGACUGUUACACUAAGAUGGAGAUCUGCACCGUGGCGCAGUACAACCCCGACGCCAUCACAGAGGUGGUGCAUCUCCCGCAGCACUUCUCCAACAGAUAUUACAACACCCUACUGCGAAGCCUUCUAGACUGCGAUGAAGAAACUGUGUCUGCUGUGAAGAGCAGUCUGAUGGAACAGAUCGGACCCAAUCUAGCCAGCCUCUUCCAGGUUCUGCAGGGUGACAAGUGCGCCCAGAUCCAGCCCCGAAUGGACUUUAACCGUAAAAGAAAUAUUGAUCCCCAGAAGCUGCGCGUAUACCUCCGUAAUCUCCGAGGGGAAAGCUCAAGUCUUGUCACUGAUACCCAAGGGUCUACAGAAGAUGACUAGCAUCGCUGAAGCUGAAAGCCAGGAUUGGAAGGCUUUAGAAGUAGAAGAUCCUCCUCACUGGAUGUAAAUUAAGUUUUAAAUGCAAUCGUAGGCCCUUGUUAGCUGAUCACAGUAUUGGAGUAAAUAUAGUAUACAUACAUAUAUAUGAUGCUCAGGCAACUGUGCAUGGAAAGCACUUACAGUUUAAUACCUACAACGUUCUCAUUAUUACUGACUUGACCACUUUUGCAGGUGAAUUUUAAGCACACUGGGCAGGGCCUAGGCGAAUCAGUUAAGGGAUUUGUGUCUCUUAAAGAAACGGUAACAUCAACAAAUGAAAUUGUUUUAAAGUAACACAAAUAUAAUGCAGUGUUGCCCUGCACUGUUAAACUGCUGUGUAUGAUUUAGAAACACUACUAUUGUUUAUAUAAAUAAGCUGCUGUGUAGCAAUGGAGGCCGCUAUUCAAAUUAUAAAAAGCUCAGGUUACACAGCAGAUAAGCUCUGUAGAACAUAAUGGUGUUAUCUGUUAUCCACUAUUUAACCUGUGCCAUAUAGCCUUUUUUCAAUUUCUGCCAUUGCUACACAGCAGCUUGUUUAUAUGAACUAUAGUAGUGAUCUGAAGUAAACACAUCAGUUUGUCCAGUGCAGGGCAACAGUACGUUAUAUUUUCAUUACUUUAAAACACUUUCAUUUUUUGGUGUUACUGUUCCUUUAUGGAAAUUGUUAAGGGUACAGACUGGGCAGGGCCUGGGUAAUUCAUUCUCCUCCACCCCCUUCCCAUUAUUUAUUUUAUGCCCGUAUAUUAUUAUUAUAAGUUUCAGACCAAUGGCACACAGGGCAUAUUUCAGUUCCGAAAUUCACAACUGCCGCUUCCUUUUCACUUCAACAGGACAUUUGUUACAUAGAUGAUGGUACUAGUGCUUUUCAGCUCAAAAUUCCUCUAUUAUUGGGCAGAAAAGCUCCAGUGCCAUUGCUGUUCAUCAUUUCCCAUUGUGGUAUAUUGGAAGUGGGACUGGUGAAUUUAAGCACUAUAGCCCUACAAAAUGAAUAAGUUCAUAACUUCAUCAUAUGGCCACCUUCCCAUUCAUGUCACUGUCAGCUGCAUGAAAACACAGGCUUUGGCUGGAGAUUGGAGGUGUUUUGAAGGCGGUUUUGAAGGCGGUUUAAGUGUUUUAGAUAACAUCCCCAAAAUAAAACAUGUGCCAUAACACAAACCAGUUUUUCAAAUAAUUUUUCAUAAUAAAUGCUGUGGUAGAGUGACCAAAACAAUGUGGGAAAAUGUGUGUUUUACCUUUAAGUUCUCCUUAGUGGGAGAGGUAGGCACCAGGAAGUGUGUUCAUAAAGAGAGAAUAGGUUCUCUCAUUAAAGGUUUUGGCAGCCAGAUUCUGGAAAGAACAGGCAAGCCAGGUACUCCGAUCCAGAAGUCCAGCUCAUGGAUUAGAGCUCACCUUCCACAGGAAGGCUGUCCUGUGGAAAGGUAUUUAGGUCUAGUGAGGCUGUUAGGAAACUCUCUCAGAGCAGGACACAGAGCAGGAAGGACACCUGCCUGUGUAAGGAACUCCCAGAGGGGCUGGGGGUGCCAUUUGCUACUGCAGGGUGCAGAGAGAGGAGACCAAGUGACAGAGGGUCUGUCUGUCUGACUGAGGAAAGCCAGGAGGCUGAGCAAUCCCCCAGGAGAUUCGUGAGUACAGGGGUGACCCCUACUUAUGUGUUUGCUUACUGGUAGUCCACAAGGGGCCCAGUUUAGUAAGGGAACCCUUCAGGUGUGAAGGUAGCGCCCAGUGGGCAGGAUUUAUUUUUAUUAUUUGUUUUGUAUCCUGAAAUGGUCACCCCUGUGUGUAAAUAAACUGCCUUAAAGAGAA